AUGCCAGCACUGGAACAUGUUGGGUAUUGGAGCUUCUGGACUCAGGGCUUGCUCUGGGCAGGUCUCUUGGCCGAUUCAAGUGCCUUAGAUAGGGGUACAUUGGCAACAGACAGACCUCUGAGACUACGCCGUACUACCUCACCCACGCGUGUUCCUACUCCUAUGGCAUUUGAAUACUCUGCUUCUGACUCUUUGGUCGCUAACUCGGGAGCAGAACUCCCCCUUGAUCCCUGGCCAAGACGUGGGGGAAAAAAUCGUGUUCAGAAUGGGCGAGUUCAGAAUUCGGCUGUAGGAAAGAGCCAGGAGUAUCUUAGUACCGCGAUUUUGUCCCCCAAUAGACAUCCAUCCAAAUGCAAGCUGAAAAUAGCCAUCUUCGACACAUUAGAGACCCUGGUGACCAACGGACACGGCAUACCAUGA